GCGGAAGUUGCCGCUCGUCGGUCUUCCGGUCUUCCGAAAUAGCAUGGCGAACCUGGAGCAUGCAGAAGACGACCCAAAACAUGUGAAAAUGGCCGGUGAGGUCUCCGUGGCGAAUGGCGAAGACAAACCGGCUGGACUGUCCGCGGUACCGGGCCAAGACCCGGGCGAGGUCACGUGCUCGAUCCCGUCGUUCGCGGCCGCCUCCAAGCUCCUGUCCGCGCCGUACUCGUGCCUGGUCAUGAACACGCACAGGAGACACAUCGCGCUGUGUCCGCUGUACCUGAGGAAGAAGAGGACGGGCAUCCAGGAGGAGCUGGACACGGAGCUGCUCAAGUUCUCCCAGAGUCUGAAAGGAGUCCCCUUAGCUUAUGACAACAUCAGGAUACUGGGCCAGCAUGGAGACAUUUAUGAUGAUAACGGCUACAUCCACAUGGACAUAGAGGCCAACUUUGUUGUCUUUCAGCCCAAACGAGGACAGAAACUACUGGGUAAGGUGAAUAAACUAGGGGUGAGUCAUGUGGGCUGCCUGGUGCAUGGCUGCUUCAACGCCAGCAUCCCCAAGCCCAACCUGGUGUCUGUGGAGACCUGGAGGGACGCAGGGCCACAGAUAGGAGCUGAGCUGGAGUUUGAGGUGUUUGCGAUUGACGCUGACAUGGCGGGAGUGCUGCUGAUUAGAGGACGGCUGGACAGGACAAGGGUCCAGGAGCUGCUGGCGAUGGGUGAGAGCUCAGACUGCAGCAUCCCUGCUGAGCCGCCACAGCCACCAGACACAAAGGAGACCGCUGAGCCCAGCCAGGAGUCUCCCGAAGACACCCCCAAGAAGAAGAAGAAGAAGAAGGAAGACAAGUUAAAAGAGGAGGAAACAGAGGAUACGAUCACAUCCCCCAGCCAGCUGGACAGCAACAUGACGCCAGAGCUGAACAGAACAACAGACGCUGCAAAUGGCGACGAAGCCGGUGAGAACAAGAAGAAGAAGAAGAAGAAGAAAGAGAAGCGUGUUAAAGAAGAGGAGGAGGAGGUCGAGCUUUCUUCCAUGGAGGUCCACGGCAGUGACUCCAGCGGUUACCAGAGCGACAAGCCAAGCAAGAAGAGGAAGCAUGAAGAGGGCAGCGAUGUCACAUCUGCUUUGAACAGUGAACUUGAAACGCCAAAAUCAAAGAAGAAGCGGAAAAGUGGUAUUGAGCAGUUUGCCUGAAAGACUGGUCACAUUCUGUGUGGAAACUGAGGUCAUGCUGACAGCAGGAAUGAUGACGAUUGUUGAUCAGGGAUAUACUGAUGUGCCUUAAUGAUCACACACAUGUAUCAACAAUUGCUUUUCUGUCCCUUAAAACAGCUGGUGUUGUUUUCCAGCUCCCUCUUUCCAUUGUCCUCAGCUCCUGUGAAUGUGUUGAGACAGAGAGUCAGACAGGCAGGAGGACUGUAUAAUCCCAGCCAGAUAUGUAAUCCUGUUCACUCCCUCUUGGAAAAAGAGCCAAUGAUGGGAGCAAUCAGCAAGCAAUGUUUUUUUGUGUGUGUGUUAUUCCAUCAAAUGGCCUGAAGGAGGCGCAAAAUAGUUUCCAGAAUCUAUUGUGGGACACAUAACGGCAUUGAAAUCAAAUCACUGUAUCUCAGUUCACCAUUGGCUUUGCAGCGACUACGUCCAGGUCUUAAAUUGUAAAGGUAGAUGAGCAACAAAAUAAACUGUGACAUUAAAUCCAUAUUGUGCCUGUUGUUUAAAUAGAAGUCUGUCUGAGUUUAGAUAGGAGAAGGCAAAGCAACAGAGUUCUCCAUUCUCCAUGCCUGCCUGUUCUACCAUGUACUACUUUAACACCAAGCACAUGGGUUUCUUUUUUACUCAAGACUGCCUGUUAAAUAAAAAAAAAAAAGAAAAAAAAGUGUGACACUGUUUACAUUAGCAGAAUGCCCGGACCUCAUAUUUCACCACCAGGUUAAUCAGUGUUACAGUCUUCCAGCCUGUCUGACUGAAACGCAUUUUCUUCAUCACAUAGGUUCAAGUUACACUGAUGUUAGAGUCGCCACAUAAAAUGUAGAGCAUGUCCCGUGUCAUUGUGUCUACCCAGGUUGCAAAUUCGUAGGGGAACCCGUUUACCUUCUCACCAAUCAGACCUGAAGCCGACAAUCACCUGGGACAGUUGCAGGGCUCACAACAUGGGGCUCAAAAGCAGAGCUAACAUGUUUACACUGAGUGGGAUUUCAGGCCACUCUAACAGGGGUAAUACAGCCCUUAGUAGAGUUGCCUUGGUGCAGGUUGAAAAGGAAAGCAAAUGUUGUACUCGGUGGAACUUGGCCCAGUGCUUAUAUCCUGGAAAUGCAUAGUGCACAAUGACAAAGUGUGUGUUAUGAAUUAUUUGUGUUGUGUGUCCUUCUUGCCUCCUUUGAUAUGGUGAGAAUGGUCGGUAACCUACAGAACAGUGCUGUGUGUCUCAUUGAUUGCAAGCCGCAGAUAGAAAUGGAAUAGUAAAUGGUCAUUUCUAUUAAAACGGCCAACAUUUUGA